GGAAACACAACCAAAGAUUUCACAUCAAUGUUAAGAUGCAAUACACAUUGACAAAGUACCUCAAAGCCCUACAACCUCUCACAAUGACGCUGCCAGGCCUGAUUGAUCUUAGUUUCAUAUUGAUCCUGGUGUCCAAUUCAAAAGGUCAUACCUGGAAUGUUAAUGUCGCCAGCAGCAUUGAUGCAAUACUGGGUUCAAACGUGACUAUAAAAUGUUUCUUUACCUAUCCACCCAAACAUUACACUGAAGAUGUUCAAGUUUACUGGAAAAAGCUUGCGGUAAGUAAUAGCCGCUUCGACGAAAAAGAAAGUCCAUUUGUUUUUCACCCAAAUGACACAUUUGUGCUUGAGAAGUACAGAGGAAAGACCAAACUCACUGGAGAUAAAGCCCAAGGUGACUGCACCCUCAAGAUCUUUAACAUCUCUGAGUAUGAAGAAAAUAUCUAUGUGAGAGUUGAAGCAAAGGACAAUUACAGUUUCAGGGAACAUAUGGUCACCAUUGGUGUGUCUGGUCAUAAAUCAGUCAGUCUUAAGCCAGAUCAGAUACCAAUACCAUCAUCCACCUUUGAAACAACAACAUCCCUGUUCACAACAGACAUGGAAGUUUCCUUGGGUACGCCCAGGGAGGCUUCACUGUAUACGGCCAUCUGUGUUCCAGUCGCUGCACUUCUGAUCAUUAUUUUUGUCAUUGCAAUCGUCCUUUGCCUAAAAAAAAGAAGGUCACAAUCUUUUACCAGGGAGGAGUCUAGAUAUUAUGAAAAUGUUAGCCGAGCAUCAUCAAACCAAGCCAAAAGAGAAACAUCUUGCAUAACACAAGAUAACAAGAAACUUUCUGAACUGAAGGCCAUUGAUGAACCUGUCUACAUCAACAUUGAGGCUAUACCAGGUCAGAUGGAUCAAAGUAUGGAUCGCACAGACAAUAUAUACGGAAAUGUAGAUUAUGAAAAGUAGCAGAAAAGCUGCAUAAGAAAAAGAGACCAAAGGAAUAAGAACUUACAAUCAAGCAAUGGGGGCUUGUAAGAGAAAUAGAAAAGUUAGAGCUGUGAGUCAAACUUAUCUGCUCCACGGCCCAUAUUAAAGGCUAGGCUAGAUCUAUUAAAACAUAACACAAGUCAAAAAAAAUGUUUUAUGUAAGCCUACUGCCUUACCUUACGUGGCAGAGGAUCCCUUGGUGGUUUUAAUUUUGUUUAUGUGUUGCAGUACAAUCAACCCUGCAGUGUUAGUGCUGAACUGCACCCCUGCAGGGAAUUAUACAUUUCACAGCAUUUAGCGCAUCAGGUUUUUCAAGUUGUUUGUAACAUCUUCUGACUGAAGUUUUGUUUUCUGUGGAAUUGAUUCAUGUUAAUUUCUAUGUAAAAUUUCACUUAACCAACUUUGGGUUCAGUUAAAUGCUACAUUCCGUUUUCUAGUCUUUCUCAAUAGUUUUGCCAAUUCACUUCCGUGCUGGAGCUGAAACUUCUCUUUUCUUUUCUGAUUCAGUUUCCUAUUUAGAGAAGUUAUUACUUAUAGUGUGGUUUCAAAUGUAAGGACUCCACCAAACAAUACAUGGAGGUCAUUGUAUGUCCACAGUGAUCUAUCUUAGCCAACAUGAGGCGAACACUCCUACUGGGUGAGCUAGAGGCCGCCCCAUAUGGAUAGAUUUCUGGAUCUUUUCAGUUCUGACAUGACAUGGAAAUAUGCCUGAACAGCAAAGCUGAGAAAUUUAGGAGUGGGAAUUUCCAGUGUUGAUUUCCUCAAAAGGAAAUGUGGUUCACUUUGGUAUUUCCCUUAAAAACACAGACUGAUAAAAUCUAUUUUUACUUGUGGUAAUAUAUUAAUAGAUCUUGUAACUCAUCAGAAGUUUUCUAUAUUACAAACUGGGUUGGAUGUGAUUGGUUGACUUGAAGGCCUCAAGAACAAAACGUGUGUGUUGACAGCAUGUGAUGGUUUUUAAAAUGCAACAGCCCUUAGUUGACUCAUCUUUUUAUCUCAUAUUUUUAUCAUCUUCAAUGAGACAAACUGCACCAUUACGGGAACAUUGUGUUCUCUGUAUUCAUUUGUUGGUGAAAAAAGUAACAGAACAUGUUAAACAGAGGACAAACAACAAGAAUGCAGUCACAUAUUGCAACAUCAUCUGUCUCCUAGACUUCUGUUGUUUAAAAACUUUAUGAGAUCAACGCUUUGUAAAACAUUUAGUAACAUUUGCAAUUUUAGAGAGUGAAUAUAGACUAUAGAUAUGACAUCUAAAGACACUGCACAAAUCUCACAAGCACUGUUAAUGAAGGCGUAUUCAAACAAUUUAAAGAUUCAGAGGUGACUAAGUGAAUGGCAUGUGUGCAAAAAUAAAACAAUAG